UCUGCAUUGAAAGGAUAAGAUAUAAAAGAAGAAACAGGACAGAAAAAGAGGAAAGGAGAGGAGAGUACUAUUUGAUGUUAAACACUAAGGACAAGAAGAGUUGUGCCUGCCAUAAUACAACCAGUAGUUUCAUGGUUUUUUUUCUUUUCCAAGACCCAUAAAACCAGUGAUUUGGAUUUUACUUAGAUUCCAGAGGAAACAUGCGUGAGUGCAUUUCCAUUCAUGUCGGUCAGGCUGGUGUCCAGAUUGGCAAUGCCUGCUGGGAGCUCUACUGCCUAGAACAUGGGAUCCAACCAGACGGACAAAUGCCCAGUGACAACACUCUUGGAGGAUCGGAUAAUUCAUUCAACACUUUCUUUAGUGAGACCGGAGCUGGAAAACAUGUUCCCAGAGCGGUAUUUGUUGACUUGGAGCCAACUGUCAUUGAUGAGGUUCGCUCUGGUACAUACCGCCAACUGUUCCAUCCUGAGCAGCUAAUCACUGGGAAGGAAGAUGCAGCCAACAACUAUGCUCGUGGACACUACACCAUCGGCAAAGAGAUCAUUGACUUGGUGCUGGACAGGAUUCGCAAAUUGGCUGACCAGUGCACUGGUCUUCAAGGUUUCCUUGUUUUCCACAGUUUUGGAGGGGGAACUGGCUCUGGCUUCACUUCCUUGUUAAUGGAACGAUUGUCUGUUGACUAUGGAAAGAAGUCCAAGCUGGAGUUUUCCAUCUACCCCGCUCCCCAGGUGUCUACUGCUGUGGUAGAGCCUUACAACUCCAUCCUGACUACCCACACCACUCUUGAACACUCUGACUGUGCUUUCAUGGUUGACAAUGAGGCUAUUUAUGACAUAUGUCGAAGAAACCUAGAUAUUGAGCGUCCCAGCUACACCAACCUGAACAGGUUGAUGAGUCAGAUUGUGUCCUCCAUUACGGCCUCCCUACGCUUUGAUGGUGCUCUUAAUGUAGAUCUGACAGAGUUCCAGACAAAUUUAGUACCCUAUCCUCGUAUCCACUUUCCUAUGGCCACAUAUGCCCCGGUCAUUUCUGCAGAGAAGGCAUACCAUGAGCAGCUAACAGUGGCUGAAAUUACAAAUGCCUGCUUCGAGCCAGCCAAUCAGAUGGUCAAAUGUGAUCCUCGCCAUGGCAAGUACAUGGCUUGCUGCCUUUUGUAUCGCGGUGAUGUGGUGCCCAAGGACGUCAACUCUGCCAUCGCAAUAAUAAAGACCAAGCGAUCUAUCCAGUUCGUGGACUGGUGUCCCACUGGUUUUAAGGUUGGUAUAAACUACCAGCCACCCACAGUGGUUCCUGGUGGAGACUUGGCAAAGGUUCAGAGGGCUGUGUGUAUGCUAAGCAACACAACUGCGAUAGCAGAGGCCUGGGCUCGACUGGAUCACAAGUUUGACUUGAUGUAUGCCAAGCGCGCCUUUGUCCACUGGUAUGUAGGCGAAGGUAUGGAGGAGGGAGAGUUUUCUGAGGCCAGAGAGGACAUGGCAGCACUGGAGAAAGAUUAUGAGGAGGUGGGAGUUGACUCAGUGGAGGGAGAAGAUGAGGGAGGAGAAGAAUACUGAAAGGGGUAAAAAACAUACACUAAACAGAGGGAAAAGUAGAUUAGGUAACUUUGGUUGACAAAAAAAAAAAACAUUUGAAAGUCUGCAUUCAAGCAGCUUAAUACAGUAAAAUGGUUUAACAGCUUAUUAAACAAAAGAUGCAAAAGAAAAAGAUGAUAACAUUAACUUUUUUAAUCAAUGGUGUGUUUUAAAUCAAUAUGUGAUCAGUUUUUGUCUCAAAGUCAGCAAUGAUUCAUUGAUAGAAAACAUUAGGUAUGUUAAUGAUGUUAAUAAAAGUAUAUGUCCAUGUAAGUGUAAACACUAGUUACCAUAGCUUGUUUUAUGAAUAAGGGUAUUUCACCGUGUAUAGUUUGCUUGAUGCUCUGUCCUGUCUAAAACAAAUUUUAAUCAUGAAAUGCAA